GUCUCAGGGUCGUGGGGGUUUGGGAUCUGUUCAUUGAAACGAGCUAUGAGAGUAUGAGAGUUUCUUUAGAGCUCCCCGUGGUACUGGGAGCACAUUUUUAUCUCGAAACGAUAUUAGUCCAUCAAGUUGCAUAUUGUCGGGAUAAGUUCUCGACAUUUGUCGCUAGACGAAGACAGGAGAAGCAACGAGAUGAAUUCGCCUGACAAUCGAGAAAAACAACAGAGCGUUCUACGGUUACACGUGGAACGGCCCAUCUAUGACCAGGAAUCCCUUAAUCGCGAGUACCAUUUUCAGGGACCACAAAUAUCAAUCCUUAGAAAUAUUUCGCAUCGCCUGAAAGGACAAAACGUUCGUUCGUGUGCAAGCUCGAUGUUCCCAGUGGUCAGAUGGAUGAGAAAGUACAAAUGGAAGGAAAGUAUAGUUCCUGAUAUGAUAUCCGGAUUGACCGUCGCCAUAAUGCAUAUUCCACAAGGAAUGGCAUACGCCCUGCUCGGAAAUUUACCACCGGUCGUCGGAAUCUACAUGGCAUUUUUUCCUGUUCUCGCAUAUUUCUUUUUUGGAACGUCCAAGCACGUUUCAAUGGGUACGUUUGCUAUCGUUUGUCUGAUGACUGGGAAAUCGGUGGUAGCCUAUGGAACGCCGCUUAAUAAUUCGCUUUCGGUCAACAACACCCAUUUUCAUUUGAUAAAUUCUAAUAAUGAAAUAUUCGAGGAUAUGGCUAUUCAAUACUCACCGAUGCAAGUCGCGACAGCGGUCACUUUCAUGGUUGGAAUUCUUCAGAUGAUCAUGUACGUUUUUCGACUGGGAAUAAUCAGCACGCUGCUUAGCGAAACUCUCGUCAACGGGUUUACGACCGGUGCAGCCAUUCAUGUUCUCAUGUCACAAAUCAAAGAUCUCCUUGGUCUAAAAUUACCAAAGCACAAUGGAGAUCACUUUAAAUUCAUUCACACGGCGAUUGAUAUUUUUGAGGAGAUUCCCAAUACGAAUAUAGCUGCGGUUAUAAUCUCGGCGAUUUCCAUCAUUAUCAUGUACAUCAAUAACGAAUGGGCCAAGCCUUGGCUCAAGAAAAUGUGUAGCAUGCCCUUCCCCAUUGAGAUGAUAGCCGUUGUAACCGGAACUCUCGUAUCAAAAUACGGUCAGUUGCCCGAGAUUUACAACAUCAGAACAGUCGGUCAUAUUCCAACGGGACUGCCAAAGCCCGAGUUACCCACUUUGCAGCUGUUGCCGUUAAUCGCCCUCGACAGCGUCUCAAUAACGAUGGUAUCGUACACAAUCACUCUCUCAAUGGCACUCAUAUUUGCCCAGAAGUUGAAUUAUGAAAUUGACUCGAACCAAGAAUUGUUCGCUAUGGGAGUGGGCAAUUUGUUUGGUUCUUUCUUCUCGUGUAUGCCCGUUUCAGCAUCACUGAGUAGAUCCUUGAUUCAACAGACCGUUGGUGGAAAGACCCAAAUAGCAAGUGUCGUAUCUUGCGGUUUAUUGUUGAUAAUAUUGCUGUGGAUUGGGCCCUUCUUCGAGCCGCUUCCGAGAUGCGUCCUGGCCUCGAUAAUCGUGGUCGCGUUGAAAGGAAUGCUCAUGCAAGCGAAACAGCUGCCAAGAUUUUGGAAACUGAGCAAGCUGGAUGGGAUGGUUUGGAUCGUAACAUUAUUAACGGUCGUUAUCGUUGGAAUCGAUAUCGGACUUUUGGUUGGUUUGCUGACAUCACUCGCCAGUAUUUUACUCUUAACGAUGGAGCCUUACAUGUGUCUUCUCGGUCACGUUCCCAAUACCGACUUAUAUCUCGAUGUCAAUCGAUACGAAGGGACAAUGGAGCUCCGGAAAAUAAAAAUACUCCACUAUUGCGGUGGUUUGAAUUUCGCCAACAGCAAUCACUUCAAGUCGAAAGUUUUGAAGCUCGUUGGUGUUGAGCCUCACAAGAUCGUGAAGCAGAGGCUGAAAAUGGCAAAGCGCAAUCACUAUGACGAAGUACGAAUCGAAGAAGAAGUUCUCGGUUUGCGAUGCAUCAUAAUGGACAUGAGCGCGUUGAGUUACGUCGAUCCAAGUGGAAUCGCCGUAUUGCACUCAAUCGCGGACGAAUACGCUCGUAUCAAUGUGUCCGUUUAUCUCGCCGGAUGUUCGUGGCCGGUUUUUGAAAGAAUUAUCAAAUGCGACAAGUACGCCAAGGGCGAACAUAGUUUUCGAAUAUUCGCUACGAUACACGACGCUGUUACUUAUUCCAUUAACAAAUUCACCUCGUGAUCGGACGAAGAAUAUGUCAGUAGCGAUGUGGAUCAUUUCCGAUUAUAUCCCCGGCCAAGUGCUUCCGUGCGUCGGCCUUUAGUACACUUUAUUUUGCCAAAGUACGAGAACGUAACAAUUUCAUUAAGUACAGCAUACAGCAUUAGUACUUCUUUAGCAUAUGUUUGAUCUAGUUAUCGAUCAUAACCGACCAACGUAGAUUAUUCGAGAUUCCAGGUCUGUUUGAACUUCUAUGAGUAAUUUCCAUGAAAUUCUAUCUCUAUUUCCAUGAAUUUCUAUGAAAAACUAUGAUAUUUAUUUACAUGAAAAAUCUUUGUCGAUAUUUAUAUCAAUUUUAAAAGUAUGCGAGGACAAAUUUUUAGUAGAUGAACUCAGUUCAGUACGUGAAUUUUCAAAAAUUUUUAAUUGAAUGAAAAUACUCCGGGUGCAGAAGUCCGGCUGGAUAAGGGGAUGUGUCGAAAACACGUUGGUCAUGCAAGGAUUUAUUCUCUGUUGAAAGUAUCAUAACGCGAGGUCGAUCGAUUCGAUAAGUGUAUUUUUUUAUCCAAUUUUUUCCCCGAAUGUACACAUUGACCACCGAGUUUCUGUGAUAUCUCCAGUAGGUAUUUGAUCUUGUGUUGUAUGACGGACAAUAAGAAAAUGAAGGUAUUAAGGAAUAUUUUAUACUCUUUAAACUGAAUAAAGGAGUACGCGGUCGGAAAUUGUAAAGGGGCAAUUGGUAAAAAUAUUUUUAUCAAAUAAAUUGUGGCAAAUGUUAUUUUUCAUUGGGUUUAGAUUUUUAUAAGCUUAGGGGAGAAAUAUAUGUAAACUAUUUAGACGUUUGAUCGUCGUAAUCUCAACAGUAUGCAUACCAAUAAUUCCAUAAAUGUAGCACUGGUUCUGAUUUUGACCGGAGUCGAUCAAAGUUAUAUUCUCACACGUCUUAUUUAACUCUGUAGAGCCAAAGUGUAAAAAAAUGUCGAAUCAGGUAUUUACUUUUUAUGUUUCAAUACAAACUUACAUGGUUGAGAUUGAAUGAGAAAUGAAGCUGGUCAAAUCUGAAUCGAGAUUUUAGAAGAGGAUCUAGGAUAUAAAAAUUAAUAUUAGUGCGGUACUUAUGAAAAAAAGCAGGUCGGAUGGUGAAAUUUGAUUUAUGUUUAAGCUGCUUUAACAUCGGGAGCAAGUCCUUCGCUGCGGACAAAGGUGCGAGGGAAUAUUAUUUAUGAGGAUAAUGAAAAUGUAACUCAUUUCACAUCAUGAUGAGGCGAUGACAGACGUCAUUGUAACUAUAUAUUCCAUGUUAUUAGUGCAAUAUGUCAUCAUGAAUAUAUGAGUAUGCUUGAAUGAACAUAUUAUUUUUACAAACUGGUUGUAUCGACUCUACUUGCAUCUUAAGUGAGUUAACGAGGGCAUUUCCUAUACCGCAUUUUUAUUCGUGAACAUAUGUUCCAUAUUUUCGAUCUCGUCGCGCGAUACAACGAAAAAAUGGGCUGCAAAUAUAAUUUUUUUCUCCCUUGGACCAAUUGAACCAAUCUCUGCACAUAUAACACUCUGCUGACACUGUCAUCAAAAAUUCAAACUAAAACAGCGAAGGCUCAAUAUAAUGAUAAACGAGAUACAAAAAAAAUUAUUUUCCAAGUUAUAUCGCAUAAUACAAAUGAUUAUUUUAUAUUUUAUAUAGAAUAUAAACGGUAACACCGGUACCCUAAAAAAGGUGGUCUGUAUCUUAACGACCUAGAGUGGUUUAUCGCUCUAUGUAUUUUGAGACAUCCAAUCCGGAUAGACUCCAAAAUUUUGAGUAAAUAGCAAAAAAUGAGUGAAAAUGGCGGAAAAUCGUCGAGUUAAUUGCAAAAAACUGGUAAAAAUGGGUGAAAAUCGCGAAAAAUCGUUGAACGAACAAAAUCUCAACAAAAUUUUUCUCAUAUUUGCCGCCAUUUUUACCAAUUUUUGCGGCUUUUUGCUGUUAGAGGUAGAUGGGUCUGGUCCAAGGUACAAACCAUUUCUAUUUUGUAUGCAGGCAUAAGAUGAGAUGAAUGCGUGAGGAUGAAUUACAAAAAUAAUAAUGCCAA